CAAUCUGUGGCUCUCUUCACUGCGUAGAUUGACACUGCAAGAGGGCAGUGAUGUACUUGUCUGUUUUGUGACAUGUCUCUCCACUGAUACCAACAUUUGCCUGUCCACAUGGUCCCCAUUCUCUUCCAUUCUUUGAACUCAAGUCAAAGACGACAUAUGUAGCCAGCUGAGCCCCCCAUCAGAGACUCGGGGAAGUUCGUUGCACCUUAGCUUGCCAUAAUCUUGAGGACGGAGACCACGGCACCCCACAAGCCACGUGCUGAGCCCAUCACCUACGUAACAAGCCAAGACUGCAGCCAAAGUGACUUCAGUUUACGUGGGACAUUGGGAGGCCGGCAAUCACUUUCAUCAAGACCAUCUCGGGGAAGGAUCUAUUGCCUGCCAGGUUGUGGGACCCGAGGCUCAAGAUGUGCAGCAUGAACAGGACCAGGAGGUGGAGAUACAGGGUGGUGGGUUGGGCUCUGCUUCCUUGGAGGUGGGACUCUUAGGUGCUGCUUUCCCUACUUAUUCUCCUGCGUGGAAACCGCAGCCCCACUUGUCGUUUGGCGACUCUCCUCUGAACAGCCUCUCGUUGCCAGGAUGUCUGCAUCGGACCGGGUAGUGGUGGUGCUUGGCGGAGCUGGCACAGUGGGCUCUGGCAUUGUCAAGGCGCUGCUGGAGAAAGGCUUCCAGGUUGCUGUCAUUUCUCGAGACAGAAGCAGAUUGGAGAAGCUGAAACAGUUCCUGCCUCCAUCAGCCUGCCAGAGGCUGCACACCCUGGUUGGGGACGUAGGUUCUGAGGAAGGUGCAGAGGCAGCCAAGGAGGCUCUGCUGAAGAGCACUGGGAAGGUGACGGACGUGGUGUCCUCCUUGGGCUUCAGCUGGUGGCAAGGGGGUCCCCCUCUCACUCAGACCCUGAAGGAGCUGCACCGGGUCCUGGACACCCUCCUUCUCAGCACCUUCACUGCCUGGAAGGCCUUCUUCCCCCUCGUGAAGGACAACGCAGAUGGGACCUACACUUUCAUCACUGGAGGGGCUGGGGAGCGCCUCCUCAUGCCAGGCACAGGCUUCCUGACACUGGGGGCAGCAGGGGCCUUGGCCUUUUCCCUCAUGGUCCGUGAGGAGUACCCAGACGUUCCCUGCAAGCUGAAUGAGGUGAAAAUCAACAUGGGUGUGACGACGCCAGAGCGCCUGGGCCCCGGGUACGUGAGCCACCUGGAGGUGGGAGAGGCCGUGGCUUCCCUGGUGGACAAGAGGAUCGUCUCACAUACGGUGCUGAAUGCCAGCUCGCCUGCGGACCUCAAGACCCUGGCGCUGGAAGGGAAGCUUUGAGGCGCCGGCUAGGAGACUUGCCAGCCAUACCCACCCAUAGUCCCUCCCCUUUGCCACCUCCUGUGUCUCUCCUUGGUGCCUGACUGGUAGGGAAAGGGUGCUUUUCAGCCCUGAGGCUCCUUCUCUCCUGCUCUGGCCCUUCUUCAGAGCCAGAUGGGCACAGAAAGGGAGCAUCAACAUCACACAUAGAAACCGGCAUGAGCCACUUCAGGGAGGUAGUGGAUCAUCUGGUGGUGGAUCUGGUUGAGAGAGGGAGAAGCUCCUCUGAACAACCAAGCCUGACCCUCCCCAGGGAAGCUCUGGUCCUCUAGCUGGUUGCACCUCAACAGCCUGCCUGGAGAGUCUUGUGGUGGGUGGGCUUGCAAGAUUGGGCAGGGAUAAGGAGAAACAUCAAGUACCAGUGGUGGCGAAAGAGGGUUUAAGGAGGCCAGGGGGGAUGCUGGGCAUUUGUGGCUUAGUUCAGAGGGGCCCCUCUCAUCCCAGAAACAAGAUGGGUUGUGUUAGAUUUGCCUUUAAAUAAAACAACCAUUGCAAAAUUAUGAGCUGCUUACCGAGCAACCCCUGCUUUGGGGACUCACUGUGUGUCCUACAAGCCCACCCAACCCGUUUGGACUACCUUAACGAUGUCCUGUCUUCCAGGCAGAUGGUUCCAGCCUCCAAGGCACCAGUUUCCUUGCUCUAAAGACACCCUGCCCUUGAGUCUCUCUAUCUCUCCCCCCCCCCAUCCUAAGUGCAGCCCAGCAUUUGGAAAUGGCCUGUGGCCCACCUAGCCUGGAGAGGAGGGUGCAGGAGAGAGACAGAGAUGCCAACAGCCAAGCACUUGCUGCACAUUCCUGUCCCCGUCUUGCCAUGUUCAUUUGCGCCUUUCACUAAACAUUGUAUUAUAUUUAAUAAACCCUUAAUACUAUC